CUGGGUGUUUUUCCAUUUUUUAUGGUUUGUCGGUCUAAUUUUUCAUUUGUGUCCACCACGUUUGUAAUGUUUGUAUGUAUGAAAAACAACCUGGUUGACUUUGGGACAGAUCCCCUCUAUAUAGAGAUGGAACCUCCAAAGUCGACCUGGUUGUUUUUUUUUCAUUUUGUAUGGUUUGUAUUGUUUGUCGUUCUAGUUCGUAUUAUUUGUACAGUUCAUAGAUUUGUAAAUCUGUUUGUAUGUUUUGUCGUUAUAGUCUGUAAUAUUUAUAUGUUCGUAUUGUUUGUACUGUUUAUAAGUCUGGUUUGUAUACUUCGUAAUUUUUCAUUAUACCCAAAAGACCCUUGUCACUAAUUUAAAAUCCCUUCCCACUUUUUAACCGUUAGAUUGGUCUGUCUAGAUCUAAGGGCUAGGAGGGGCUUAGUCAAGUGACUAAGGACCCCCUAGUCAACAGAUCCUCUCUCGUGUUUGGGUGGACAUUCCGUUGGGCUCUCGAUAUGGGCUGUAAAUUUGGGCUACCGCCUACAGUCUAUUCAAUUGGCAUUUGGCUGGGUUGUAAUUGGCCUAGCUGUGUCGUCGCUUCUUACUGCUAAGAUAGCCUAGCGGUACCGUCGCGGGCAGGUCGUCUUGGGAUGUUUGAGGUCCUGCUAAUAGUAAGAUAGCAUAGUGGUAGGCCUGGAGGUUGGUCGAUUUUGGUUUAACCAAAAAUUGAAUUUUUCGGUUAACGGUUAACCAAACUAGCGACCAAACUUACCGAUCACCGACCGAAAGAGGGCUCAAGACUUAGGUUAUCUCGAGGUUCGGUUAACCCAACCGCCUUCCAAGACCAAAAAUCAUCUCGCCCAGCCUCCGAACACUGACCGACUUUCGGUUAUCCUGGUUUCGGUUAGUGAAUAACUUAUCAGUUUUGGUUGUAAUUGAUCGGUUAACCGCUAAUCGAGAUCCGAUUGUCUAGCCCUACCUAGCGAUAUCGUCUCGGGGUAGGUUAUCCGGGAUGUGUGAGGUCCUGUUAAUGGUAAGGAUAGCCUAGUGGUGCUGUCGCGGGGUAGGUCAUCUCGGGAUGUGUGAAGUUCUGGGUUUGAUGCCCCUCUAAGUCCCGUGUGGUGUUACUGGAGGCGUCUGGCUGCUGUGGGCAAAGCCCCGUUGGCUCACUAAAUUGCAGCAGGUAGCCCCCAGGUCUGGUCUCGCUCUGCCAUCACAAAAUGUGGUGUGUGCGUGGAGAUGUUCCUAGGUAAUAAAAAAAUGAUUAUGCUGUCAAAUGUUUAAUUCAAAAAUCUUAGUUUUGAAGUUUAUAAGACACGAUCAUCCUCGUCUUUCUUCUCUAUGACUAUGAGCCUAAUUUUGUAGAAAUCUUAUAGACUUUCAUUGAGUUGUAGGGAUUACCAAACCAAAUAGAACUAAAUUCUAUUAAUUUUGGAAUAUAAUUUCAUGACGAAACCGUCCAAACUAAUAUAAUAAUUAAAUUAAUCAAACUAAAGUUUAGUCGGUUUGGUUAAUUGGUUAAUCAGAUUAACCAAUAUAACAUCACAUUAUCAUUACGUUAAAAAAUUUCUCGGUUAAUCCAUCAAUAUGCAGUUUAUAUAAUGAAUAAAAUAUAACAAUCAACACAUAGGUAUAGUUAACCUUUAACAUAAAUAUAAAUAAAUGAAACGAAUAUAAUUAUCUUACCGUUAAUAGAAGUAUUCACCUAACAAAAAUAAAAGUCAAUGGUAUAGCGUUAAUGAAUUGUUGUGUUUGUGUGAAUUGAAUUAGUCUCUUAGAAAUUGUCAACGUUCAAGAAAGUGCAAGGCGUAAGGCGAGCGUUGAGGCUCUGUCUUGCACCUAGCAUGCUUAGGCAUCGGCUAGGCGUGCCUAAGCGUUAUAUGUAAAUGUAGCAAAAUAUCUCAUACUUCUCUAGAAUUGUAAGGAAGUGGUUAAGUAUCAUACAUGGGCUCUCCCAACCACUCGAGUUAUUGGGACUAGUUGAUUUAUGACAAAAAUUACAAUUUUAUGAACCAAUAUCAAAUCUAAAAAAUUCGUUGGCAACCAUAAAAUAAAACUUCAUUUUAUUUGUCUAUUUUUUCUCAUAUUGGGGGUUAUUUACUGUAUAUGACAAAGGCUAGCGUAUGUUAGGCGUACGUUGUAUGCCUGUGUUCACACUUAUGUUUUGCACUUCAAUAUAUUUUGCUGAAUCAGAACCGUCGGUUAUUAUUUUUUUAGAUUAAAUGAAUCUUGUGGCUUGGAUUAGAGAAUUAGGGAUUGCGGUUCACCCAUUAAAGGUUAGGGUAUAGUAUCUUGCCCCAAACUCCAGUUAAUUAGUGCUCUAAAUAGUAAAACUCGCCGGGCGUAUAAUGUACGCUAGUGUAGGCUAGCCUGGACGAUAUAUAUAUAUAUAUAUAUAUAUGGUUCAAGCUAGCGUACGCCUGGCAUACAAUGUACGCCUGUGUUCACACCUAUUAAUUAAUUAUAAGAAAUUAAAUAAUUAAUAAUAAUUAUAAUUGCAACUAUACCUAUUAAUUUAUUUUUUAUUACUAUUUAGUCCUACAUGAUUUUUACCGUAUUUAUGUUAUCUAAGUUUCAAUUAAACUAUUAUGAUACAUUAUUUCCUCUAAUCAUGAUCUAUAACACUCUAAGUUCUUAUGAAAAGUACAAUUAUUAUCUAAAAAGUUUAAAUCCAAAUUCAUUUCAUUCUUUCGGAAGUCAUCCUCAUUAGAAAUGAGGGAUACUUCAAUUACCCCCAUCCCCUCUCCCCUUCUUUAACAGACGAGGAUUUUCACUCAAGAACCAAGCAAUGGCCAACAUGCAAAGAGAAGCCCAAGACCCAGUUACUUGCAGCAUCGCGAACAACACCACCAAUGGCAGAACAUGUGGAUCUAGUUUCAGACUCCCAGCAACGUUGAGUUUUACCCAGCCUUCCUGAGGGGAAUACCAACGCAGCGCACCCAGCGUUUAGUACUUAUGUAGUAGCUUACGAACCUAUAGAUUUAACGUUAGGCUUCUGGGAUUUUUAAUCCAGUUUAGAGGUGUCCAUCCGCAAAUUUGAACAAAACCAUCUUAAUUUCUUUUAAGACCCUCUUCAUCUUCUUCCUCCGGCCGACUAAAUGCAGACAAAUCAGCAAACAUAGAAUUGAAUAAAACUAACAAUAACAAAUUCUCGGUACAACACAGAACCUCAAUUCCCAACGAAUCUUGAACUUAUAGAUUACAAUAAGAGGUAACACAACUUAAGACAAUAGAGGGAUAGAAUUCGAAUUCUAUUACUUGAAGGGGAAAAGUAUUGCAGAACCAUCCAUCUAUUUCCUCAUAACCAACAAUACAUAGAAAUCAAAAUUGAAACCUUCCAAACUAUCGAACAAGAAACUUGCUUCGAUUCAAACAUCCGCAAAAUUCGUGUCAGGAAAAGAACGCAUGACCAAAGAAAAUAAGCAGCGGCAAAUCCAUGGCAAAAAUCUCCAUGGUAACAAUACAAGAAACGUGAAGAGGGAAAGCAAGGAUUAGAGGAACGACCAAACCAAGAGGAAUCACAAGAUUAGAGAUUGCGUUGGGAUGAGAAAACCCAGGCGACCGAAACAUGCGCUUCAUCUCCAUCACUGCAGACGAUUGGGAUAUGCAAAAUCCCUCCUCGAAACGCCUGGACGAAAACAGGGGAUCGGGACUGCACGAAAUGAGAAAACUUAGAGAACCGAACCCAGAAGCUUCAUCUCCCUCGACGAUCGAAAUCCAUAAAAUCCCUCCUCAAAACGUCGGGUCUGAAACCAAGGUUGUCAAACCGGUUUAAGUCAUUGAGCCGGUCAAGCAAGGGGUUUGAGGUUUAAUGGUCUGAUCGGGGUCCGGCCGGUUUGAGCCGUUUUAGACGUUUUCUAAAUAUAUAUACAAAUAAAGUAGUAAUUAAAAAUUUAAUGAGUGAAAUAAAAUUUAUCUUACAUAUAUCUAUUAAAAACUUAUUUUUAACAAAAUAAAUCUACCUAACCUCCAUGAUCCACCUACCAUUUCCCUUCCUUCGUUCAUUUUCCUCUCUUCUUCUCCCUGUUUAGGGGUCAGACCGGGGGGUUUUCUGGAGGCCGUUUUGAAGCCCCGACUCGGGUUGAACCGGGUCCAACCGGGGGGUUCGAUAGGGGUCUAACAACCUUGUCUGAAACAGACGAUCGGGAAUGCCGCGGAAUGACAAACCCUAGAGGAAUGAACACAGGCGAUCGGGAAUGCCGCGGAAUGACAAACCCUAGAGGAACGAACACAGGUGAUCGGGAUCCACAAAUUCCCUCCUCGGCAAGAUGGCAACACGAAAGAAACUGGCGUUCCAUAUCUCCCUCACCACAGACGAUCGAGAAUGCGUUGGAGAUGACAACCGUGACGAUGACUGCUCAACAGAGCACGCCGGCGCCUCCAUUGGAAACCAGCCAAAUUCGAACUUCAAAAGAACACAAAACGAUGCCUCAAGUCAAGUGUAGUUAAAAAGUUUGGGUAUUUUUAAUCUAAUUUGAAGAAAGCAUGCACUUUAAUUCAUAUAAUGAAUAUUUGGAUGAUGAUUUAUACAUAACGAGUGGUAUAAAAAGUUAUGGGUGUAUAGUGAAUAGGAAAAUACGUCAAUGGAUUUAGUUGUAAUUAUAUUACGAUUAAUAAUAAAAUAAUUAUGAUUAAAUUUAAAAAUUAUUUAUAAUUAAUUAAUAGAUGUGAACAGAGGCGUACGACGUACGUUAGGUGUACGCUAGCCUUUGCCAUAUAUAUAUAUAUAUAUGGAAAAUGAUAGGGUACAAAACUAUAUCCUACAAAACCAUAUCAUUUGUCAUUCACCCAUUCCCCAAUCUAAUGGCCUAGAUUAAUUUGCAAUAACAGGGAAAAAAUUACAGGGUCUGACUUGUAAUUUUGUGCCCCCUGUCUUUUUUUUUUUUUCUGAUGGUCUGACGCGAAAUCAGAAGAGAGAGAAGACAGUUGGCCAGUCAAAGCCUACUUUUCCAAAUCUCUUAUUUUUCUUAAUCGGAUCCUACAACGUUCGUUUAACUUGAAAUUUAUAAGUUUUUGCAUAGAAAGAAUGUAUUAAUCAUGAUCUACAUAAUAAUAUCCAUUUUGCUAUAUUUUAAGCAAAGAAAAAAUUAACUCUCCAAAACACGUGUUGGUUGUAGUAUUAUUACUGUCAAAUCUAUCAUAUCAUCAUGAUAUAACAGUGAUAUGAUGAACCAUCUGCUUCAUUUCAACUCAAAACCAAAAAUAAAAUGUAUUGAAAGAACCCAUUCAUUAAGAUCUACACAAUGAUAUCAAUUAUGUUUUCUCAAGUAAGACCUCAUACCAAAAUCAAAUCAUUGUCAUACCAACAACAUAUCAGUCUCGUAUCAAUCAUAUUAAUGUCAUAUCAUGAUAUUAUCUUUAGGUCAUUGUGAUAAUAUCAUGAUAUAACAUUGAUAUGAUCUUAUCAAAUUAGUUUGUCAAACAUAAGUCCUCAUACCAAUAUCAUAUCACUGUCAUAUCAACAUUAUAUCACUAUAAUAUCAACAUCAUAGCACUAUGGUAUAGUGAUAAUAUAAUAGCAUAUUAUAACAGUGAUAUGAACAUGAUAUCAACAUUAAGAUCCACACUGUUUGACCUAUUUUGUUAUGUUUUGUCAAGGAUAAGACCUCAUAACAACACCAUAUGAGUGUCAUAUCAUGAUGUAGGGGUAAUUAACAUAAAUAGUCACA